AGUACUCUAAAAUCCCCGUAUAAGAGGGAAAAAACUAGUAGACCAUGACAUUGUGCAUGUAUCGGUACAGUACCCGCACCGGUAUUAAUAGGUUACCUGCGUCCUUGUGAUUGUUGGAUCCAUUCUCUGCCUGGAAAGCGACUGGAUCGUCGCUCAAACUCGUAGAGAUGUUGUUGACAGGACCCUCGCCCUUGAUCCACCAAGUGACUUCCGGCUUUGGUCCAGUGGACUGCUCCCAAGUCGGCCUCAUACUGUUUGGCAACCGUCCAAUUGUGUGUGGCAUUGUACGGAAAGGGGUCGUUCCGAUUGUUGACGAGACAUACCGCGGCCUUCUUUCGUGUGUAUUUGAUUCCGGUGGCAUUGAAAAUCCCAUAAUGCAUCCCCUCGUUGUAUCGAUCCUUGGAAGGAAAGGUGUGUGAGUAUCCAUUUUUGAGUGCUUCGGGACCCGUCAUUAAGACCAAUUUGGGUCUUGAGAUGUCCGGCAUUUCCAAGAGUCGUUGGAAAAUUGUCAGCAUGGAGUGGUAGGUGGCCGGAUGUCCCGGUGAUGUGGCAAAACACCACUGGGAAGGCCGGGUAUUGUCAUCGCUAAAGGAGAAGAAAUCGACAUGCUGUGGGAUGAGAUCUUCAGUGAAUUGUUCGGUUGGAAUUUCGUCCAGGUCUACGUAUAAUCCGCCUUUUUGGGUGGAUUGAUUUGAUUGGUUGAAAAAGCACGGGAUGAAUGAAAUGAAACGAAGUGCACGCAUGAGGAAAUGAUGACGUUGGCAAGGGGGGUACACAUAGGUACUUGUUAAUGAUGUACUCACCAAAUCGGUAGAGGACCAAUUGUCUCCAGAUGUCAAUGAGCAUGGCAUUGCGCAUUUUGACACACUGUAGAACUUUGGCCAAUUCAGGGAACUCAGGCCAGAACUCUUGUUGCAUCAUUUUGGCAACGGAAUAGUCAUCAUGGUAGAAAAUGCUGUAAUUGGGAAAUAGUUUCUUCCAUCGUUGAAUGGAAACCGCUUGAAGGUGGUGCAAACAACGACCCUUGUUGGGUCCAUGGUGUGGAUCAUCGUGGAUCCAUGUCAGAUGGAGAAUGCGUGGAAUUUUGCGUUUGUUGUGUUGGUAGGACCAAGCAUCGAAUUGGUCUGUUUCUUCCUUGUUGGCAUUGUCUUGAUCCUGUUGGAGCAGGAUGCGAUCAUCGAUGAGGACAAAGGGCCAUGUACAAUUGUGAUGCUGUUGAUGAUUCUGAGCACUUUCUCUGGAGAGUUGUAAUAGACUGAGCUUUUGCAGUGGUGGUGAGUAGAAGUUCUUGUCACUCUUGGCAAGCUCAUCUUGUGUUUUGGAUGUUGUUGUGACUGCCCCCCAGGAAGAUGACACGAAUGUGGACAUGUUUUGCAUAUUGGCAAUUUGGAGUCCCUUCAUCCACCCCGCCAUGGAGCGCUUUUCUGAAAACAGAUGGAUCCCCAGCAGGAUGCAGACAAUCAGUGGAAGUGUCCCCAUCCCAAUGGAAUUACAGUCACAACUGCUGCCCGUGCCUGUACACGAUGAUGUAAUGCCAUUGUCAGUUUUCUUGUUGCCUCGCCUCAGUAAUCGGGAUUUUGAAUUCUUCAUUCUAUCAAUCUAUCCUCAAAAUAUAUCUUUUACUAACUGACUGAUGAGAUACAUGCUCAACCAAUCAAGCAGUCAAUCAUUGGACUGUAUGACCAAACAAAAUAUUAGGGAAGGUAACAACACGCUUUCUUGCUCUUUUGCGUGAAUGACCCAAAAUGACCAAAAAGGUUUGGUAGUCUAGUUUUGAUUUGAAUUUAUUUUUCUCCGCAUGACUUCUUUGGGUGUCUGAGAAGAUCUGCAUUCAUUCAAGGGUGACUUUUAAUCAAACCGCUCUGUUGUUUUAUUAAAUCACACCACGUGCACCAGCCAAAACCCAAACGGAAGGAUGCGAGAGGACCACCCAGAUGACCUUUCAGUUCGGUUUUGCGGGGAUUGAAUGAAACCAUUCUUUCACCUCUAAUCACUCCCUCACUCACUUGGACGCCGCGCCUUCACUCUCACACAACAUCUCCACUCCACCAAAUAAAUCACCACAUACAUACCCAAAGAAGUCAAACACAAACAAUACAAAGUUUCUCUUUCCCAUUAACAACAACAACUAACACAUCAUCAUACAUCAUCAUCAUGGUCAAUACCCGACAUUCCGACACCAGCAGCAGCAGCAGCAGCCCAAGCAAGAAGAAGGAGACGGUCACCAAAUGGAUGAACAAGAUUCAAGUGACGGCCGUUCCUCGUCGGAUCCAAAAGUACGCUCCGCGAGCCAAUAACACCAAGUUUCGCAAAACCAAGAGCACCAAUGAAGAAUCCGUCCAAGUCUUCAAGAUGCUGACGGGUGUCCUCUACCUGUAUCGUGGCCAAAAUCCACGCGCCGAGUUUGUCCGGAAGGUGUGAUUGAUGAGACAACAAACAAGAUACGAUCGAUAGAUGGGGGUAAUCAAACAAACAGCAACACUUACUUACUUACAACAACAACAACAACAACAAGAGAAGAGAAGAGACUGCGGAGGAAGGAAGAAGUGGUUUCUCUUGUUUGAUUUCAUUUUGGAUUCGAUUCAAUAAUCAUUUUGGUGGGUUUGAGAGGAGAUGACAACGCCAAGGGGCUUGGCUUGGCACCUUCCUACAUCCAGCACUGUACUUCAACAACAACGACAAUCAUCAUUCAUUCAUUCUUUCUUUAGACGACAGUUAACAAUAAUCUAAUACAUAUAAGUUAUGGUGAACCAUUUC